AUGUAUGGAAAGCUAGCAAAAAAGGAUAUCGAUUCAACAAUACAGAUAUAUCAAUGGACUAAUGAUAUGUACGAAUUACGAAGGUCCUUAUUAAGAGUUGAAGAAUGUUUAUCACGUGGUAUUUGUAAAUCUAAGUGUCAAAACGAAGAAUUUAGACCAAAAGAUUGUUCAAGAUUAGAUAAAAAGAUUCACAAGAGUGGUGUAUUUAAGAUCUUUCCUGAUAGUGGUUCUGGCUUUAAAGUGUAUUGUGACAUGGACACUGAUAGUGGGCACUGGACGGUUUUUCAACAUAGGACAAAUAGCACAACAAUUUUCAAUCAUGGUUGGACGGGGUAUAAAAAUGGCUUUUGUGAUAUAAAUGCGGAAUUUUGGCUAGGUGACAGCUUGGCCUAUCAUAACGACACAAGGUUCAGUACAAAGGAUAAUGACAAUGACAAAAAUGGAAGUCAAAAUUGUGCAUCUGUAUAUACAGGAAGUUGGUGGUUUGGUGCCUGUCAUUAUUCUAACCUUAAUGGCGUGUUUAAAGGAAGUGGAGCAAAAGGAAUAAAUUGGUACUACUGGCGAAAGACAUUUGACACUAUUCAGACUUCAACAAUGAUGAUACGAAAUAGAAAGUUGUAG